AUGGCCAGCAGCCGGUUGCGGCAGCCGCAGGCAGUGGAGGAUGCGCUGGAGUUCGUGCGCAACAAGUUUGCGGAUGUUGGGAACGACCUGGAUCUGGUUGAAAAAAAGCUGACGGCAGAAUUGGGCGCGGUAUUCGGUCCAGAUGUCUUCCAACUGCACGGCCGCUGUCAAGACCUCAAGGCGCAAAUCAACAAAAUAACGCGCGAUCUCGCGGAGCUGUACGAGGCGCGUAAGGAGCUGGUAAAUGUUAUCGGGAACCAGCUCACACUAUCGGCGUCACUCAAAAACUUCGAGCGAAUGAUCGAACCGCACGCCAAGGUGGAUGACGACACCCAUUCCAUGGAGAUGUUGGGGAUGCAUUACCAGGCCAUAUGGAACGGCGAGGAAUUCGAGGUACAAGAGGUGGAAGAAGUGGAGACGGCGCGGCCUCUGACCCCGCUAACGGCCAUAGGAUAUCGCAGAAGCAGUUCGACGACAUACCGGCCCUGGUCAAAAGGCGCGCAAAGCUGGAACAGGUCAACGAACUGUACCAGCACCUCUUUGACAAGGCGGUUGAGCGCAAAAGUGAAGCUGAAGGAGAUAUCGCAGUCGGGGAUACAGGUGUUCGGGCAGACUGGUAAGCCGGAAAACGCGCGAUUGCCAGACACAUUCAGGGUCUUCCAAAUUGGCAUCACUGAGACCGUCACACUGCUGGACGAACGGUUUUCCGGCACACAUCACAAAAUCAGAAAGCUAAUGCGACACUAG